GACAGUUAGUAAGGUUCCCGGCGUUGCUAAGUGUGGUUGUGCUGAAAAAUUCUCUUGCAGUGUAUCUCACAAGCUCGUCGUUGCGGUCUUCUCUCGCGUUGUUCUUCAUCAGUUGCGGUUUCAGGUGGGCAGCAUCCUGCUGCUGGCGCUGGGCAUCUGGACGGUGGUGGACAAGCCGUACCUGGAGGACCUGCUAGGCACGCAGGUGUACGCGGCGGCCGCCUACAUCAUCAUCGCGGUGGGCGUCGUGGCCUUCUUCAUAUCCUUCCUCGGCUGCUUCGGCGCCCUCAAGGAGAUCAAGUGUCUGCUGCUGCUGUAUUUCAUCAUCACGCUGCUGCUGUUCAUCGUGCUACUGGUGGGCGGUAUCUUGGGUUACGUGUACCGUGGCAAGGCGCAGGAGACCGUGCACACGACGCUCAUUCAGAAGGUUCGGGAGUACGACCCUGCCAGCACCACCUCCAGGCUCACCAGGGCCUUCGAUGACACGCAAGCUGCGCUCAAAUGUUGCGGUGUUGACGGCCGCGGCGACUGGGUCACGUUCAACAAGAACUUCGCUACCACUGGCAAGCAGGUACCGAAGUCGUGCUGCAUGACGAGCAGCUCAGGCAACCUACUGGACUGCGAGACUGCGCCCAACAACAACACCGCGUACGCCGUGGGCUGCUACGCCGACGCCAAGGAGAUGGUCGAGUACUACGGCCUUAUCAUCGGGGGUGUGGGCGUCAUCAUUGCCCUGCUAAUGCUAUUGGGGCUCGUGUUCUCCAUGGUACUCUUCAAGAUGAUCAACUGAAUGGAGCGCAUGGAGUGCAUGGAGUCUAUUUCCACUCCUCCAACUUCAGAGAAUUAGGAGCACAGCAGCCAGGCUUCGUCUUGUUUUGGGAUCACAUCUUUGGACUGAAAGGCGCUUAAAUUUAAUGCCUUGUUCUUUAGUAUUAAAUGAAUCUGUGUGAGAUUCAAAGUAGGGCAUAUAUGUUAGAUGAAUUAGAAACAAAAACCAUCUGUGUACGGAAUAGCUUUUAUGUGUUGACGUGAUAGCUGUUUUAUUCAGUGGGACGUGAAACUUCUUCGAGUUUCAAAGCUUCGUUAACUAAAGAAAGAUUAAGGAAUUUCAUGUAUGACGCGACUAUGUGCCACGCUUGCAGUGACAUAGUCUUAUUAUUUCCUUGACAAAAUAAUGAUUUCUAAUAUUUCGACAUGACUUAUAUUGUAGAAACAAUAACACAGAUAUCAAGUUAUAAUGCACAGUCAUUUUGCAAUCAUUCUAAAUGUGUUUUUGGUGUAAGGUUGUAUUUUCGUCUACACCGAAUUCAUGCCUCAGUAGUCGUCUGACAUAUUCAGAUUCAGUGGAUCGGGCGUCCGGUGUGUUGUAGUUCAGUGACAGACACGCAUCAUCUGAAGUAUGUAAAUUAUUAGUUAUUACCCACAGAGCUAAUAAUUGUUAGGUUAGACACUCGUCAUUUGAAGCAAGUAAACUAUUAGUUAUUGCCCACAGACCUAAUAAUUGUUAGGUUCUAGCUGUGCACAAUUAAUCACCUUUUCCUUGUCACUGCACAAGCGUUGGUGUCCUCCGCCCAACAUCAUUCUGGGCAAGUCCAUUAAAUGCCCUUGGUUACCUUGCAUCUCUGUCCAGUACGAGGCGAAUGUUAAAUUAUUCCUUAUCUCUGUGAAGAUGGAUAAGAUCGCAACUGAAAAAUUUAUUAUUUAUUUAAAUUGCAAAUAAUCUCGCAUUUAGUCACUUGUCUCGUGUAAGGCCCAUAACAUCGGUUCCUUUCCUGUUGCAUACGCUUGCAUUUUGUCAAGAGCGAAGUUUUUUCUCACGUUUUGCGGUUAAUUUUUCCUGCACUUGCUGCUACUAGUGAUUGCCAUCAUGCCUGUGGAUCGUAUCGUAUUGUUGCCAGAAGACAUCGUAUUGCUUGUAGACCGUACCUUGAUUUUACUCAUCGUCCGGUCACUGAACUCUGCUCACAUUCAUUGUGAGUAAAGUUCUAUGUUAUUUAUUCUAAGUUUUUUUGUUAGUGUAGAAAUACGCGUCCUUUUUUGUUAUUUAUUGCAGACUAUCGUUAGUGAAGGAAAUGAUCUUUAUUGUAUCAUGUAAUGCUUGUUGUAGUUCACUCGAUUGCUUUAACGUUAGUUAAAUGCUUCUCUCUCACUCAGCCUCUUUAUCUCCGCUUCAUAUUGGAUGUGUCUUAAGUGUGUUCCAUAAUUACUGAUAUUAUUUUACAUGGUGGCCCCUAUUUUUAUGUAGUACUAGUGCUGACUGCAAUAGCACUAGAUACGCAAGUCCAAGUCUUCACCUCAAUACGCAAGUUCUGGUCUUCAACUCUAGCCUUGUAGAAUUAAAUGUGCACGCGCAAAUGCUGCUAAUUUGAGCUCUGAAGUUUGUUCUGCUCAUCCUGCUCCUCGAGCAUCUUUGUAUUCAUUCUUUUUUUGCUCGGUUUAUCAUAUCGCCGUAUUUAUUCAUUUCCAACUUCGUCUCUGUAUUUUUAGGCUUACUGUUUCCUCUCCAGAUAUUUUACGCGUAACUUAUUAUCUCUUGCUUCUUACCAAUAUUCCUCGAUUUCUCACGUCGUUUGCUCUUCGCCUUGCUUACUUUCUCAAUUUUCGGCUUUCAUUUACUAUUCUUUGAUUUGGUAUUCAAUAUUCGCUGAAAUUUCGUAACGUUUCCAGAACAAAAGUUAAUUUUAAAUAUGUUAGUGUCUUAACAAGCCAUCGCACUCAUUAUCUGUCCAUUAUCACAUCAGAGUAGUUAGUUCAAUGCAUUUUCUAAGCGUUCGUAUUCAUUAUCUUCUAAACUAUUGUAAUUUGUUAUCAAAGAACAAAUCAAUUAUGCCCUCCGGGAAUUCAUUCUUAUGGAAUUAACAAUAGCUUUGCUGAAUGUUAUUUUUCCGGUAUCGAGAAAUAUUAGUUGAUGUCGGAUGAUCAAACAGGAAUUUAGCGGUUUCCUCUUCAUAAGAUGCUGUGUAUGGAAGUGUAUGACAUGUGUAUUUAUCAUGCUUAGGCUCCAUGGAUUAACCAUACGACGCUCGGUGUUGCUUCAACUAACCUUCGUGGCGUCACAUGCGAAAACAUGUAUGAAAUUCAAUAAAUUGUUUGCCAAUAUUACGCUAACAUUUGUUACUAAUAAUCGGAAAAAACGUGUAUGAAAUUCACUAAAUUGUUUGUCAGUGGUAAGCUAUUUUUCCUUACUAAUAAUUGAAAGAAACAUGUAUGAAAUUUAUGAUAUUUUUCGCGUACUCGUAUGAACAGAAUGCCCGCAUGCUUUAUUUGUAUUUUACACUGAAAUUAAUUUCACUCCUUGAAGCACGCUAUUGCUGGACCGGCAAUGUCGUUCAGUUCUUGGUUUGGUGCCAGGAACGAUGGCCCAGUUUGCGGUCACCGCUUUCCUUGUUAUUUUAUUACAUUAAAGUGGUAGCGGUGAACCUGUAAGCCUUACUUGCUUGUUUCUAGCUAGCAAAGGCCUGAACUAGCCAGUAAAAGCCGUAACUAGCCAGCUAUGAGGCUUAACUAGCUAGUAAAGGCCGUAACCAGCCUGCUAUAAAGCCUAACUAGCUAGCAAAGGCCAUAACUAGCCAGCCCAGGCCGUUAUUAGUCGGUAAAGGCCGUAAAAAAUUAGUUAGUGAUGUAACUAAUUAGUCACAAUGUAACUACACUAGAGUUGAAGUUAGGCUUAAAUUUGCAUUUUCCUCCUGAAUGCCAAGUUUCCUUAGUUGCUUCACUACCGAUGUGCCUCGUCUAGGAAGAUCUCUCAGUCUAGGAGUUUGAUCAAAUUUGGAAACAGAAUAAUUUUAUGAUACUUAACAAUAUAUGUCCGCUCAUUUACUAGAAGGGUUUGACAAAUUCGAAACGGCGAUCGAUGUAGGGCUGACUGGAACGUCCUGAUGCACUUUAUAAUUAAUAUCGAGGUAAAAAUAGCAAAAUUUCGAUGAUAAUUUAUUUUUUGGACAAAAUUUACACUAUUUCUAUUACUAAUCUAUGCAUUACUAAUCCUAAUCCAUGCAUUUUGAGUCUAUGAAUUUAUUCUGGAUGUAAUUUAUCUUUGUACUCUAAGCAGCCAGCUGCUCUGUAGUCUGUACACUUCAAGGGUCCAGUGACAUGUGCCGAAGAGCUAAGCUUAUGAAUGACUCCCUUUAACCCCUCAUCAGGGUCCGACACAGUAAUAGCUGCUCUGCCAAAUACACCAAAUUUUUCCGUUGACUUCAAAUUAUUAAAUUAUAACGUCUGGAAGUUCCAUAAUUCGUGUUUAGGUUUUAUUGAGGGUUGAAACUCUGCCCUAUUGUCUACGUAAAUGAGAGCCCACAGUCUCACCUCUUGGUAUUUAUGUUCAAAGCUGAUUUUCGAUGGCAAUCUGAAUCAAAUGAUCGCUAUUGUGACUGACCUGUUGAGGGGUUGCAGAGAAUCUAGUUUAUCUGCAGGCUCUGUAAGUAGUUUUGGAUAACGACCAAAAUUUUAUUUUACAUGGUUGCUCCUAUUUUAUGUAGUACUAUUGCCGAGUGCUUUAGCACUACAUACCCAAGUUCAAGUCUUCACCUCUAUCCCUGCAGAAUUAAAUCUGCACGCGCAAAUACUGGAUUAAAUACUCCUCGCUCUCUACAGGCGUAAGCCUAGAGCUCAAGUUAGACGAAUCGUUAACGAAAAGAAUCUCAUUUCAAAGUAUAAUCUGGUAAAACUUUUUGAUACACUCCAGAUUUCAAAAUCUAGGAUUUAUUCAAAGCAAAUAGGUAAAUAUUUGUAUUUAGGUCUAUUCAACGUAGUCCUCGCUUCAUAAGAUUAAACGGAAAAUCGCGUGUUGAACAAAAAAAUAGCUUAGAAGAAAGUAGGUGCAAAGUUAUCUUUAUAAAUUUUGUCUAGCUUGCCACUCUCCAUGUAUUCCUCGUAUGCACAUAUAUCGUUUAUAAUAUUGAAUUGCAUAUAUGAGGCUUGCUAUAUUGUAUAUAAGAUACAAUUAAGCAUUCCCCAAUGCAUACUCACCGCAUCGAGUUCCAACAUGCGACCAUCACAUGCAACAUCAGCCAAAAAUAUUACAUAUUUGAUGAAAUAUUUCCCGUUAUCAUUUCUGAUAUUUGUCAAAUCUGUUUUAACCUUCAGCAAUUGUUGACGACAUAAUAUGGAACUCAGAAAUAGGCUGCGCUUUCUCAUGCAACUAAACUAGUAUUUACUUCAUUAACUCUUUCGUAAUUGUGUUUUUGAUUACUAAAUUAUCUUUCGCCUUAAUUCGUUAUCCUUGUCCAUCGUUCGCUUAGGUAAACUUACGUUCUUCGUCGCUUUGAAAGAACUAUUUACUCUUCAACAUCCUUUAUUAUGAUUAAUCUAUUUUGAAGAAUGAUUAAUUAACAUUUUUAGGGUGGAUUAACUUGUACUUUACGUGACACUGGAGAUGUAAUAUGCAGUUGAAGCUAGUCACCGUCUCUUGUGAUUUCUCGUACAACGCUUAUACGUGUUUAUAUCUGUAGAACUUCUAGUUUAUUUCAUCUACAUUAAAUAAACAUGUGUCUUAUUAGCUGUUGAUGUACGAAUAUUCCGUGUCGUGCCGAGAAAUAUACCUGUGCGUUCAAAAGUC